UGCGUCCGGCGCACAUCUUCCUCCCCUCGCCACCGCUUCCUCUCUUCCCACCUCUUCAUUGUCAUCGAAGAUCCCGCUCUUCUUCCAGCACAUAGACCGCAACAGCCCUCCACCUCCAUGGCUGCGCCGCUGUCAGCCACAGGGCUCAGUAACUCCCUGCACUCGACGUUCCAUGGAAGCUGGGCCACCUCGUUUGCCGGGGCAGACCGGGCGAUGCUGGCCUGGCCGGCCCCGGCGUCGGUUCGGGUCUCCAGGCCGCGCCGGUCUCUGCCUAAGAUGGGAAACGUCAACGAAGGCAAAGGCCUCUUCGCGCCCUUGGUCGUUUUCACUCGCAACAUCAUCGGCAGGAAGCGGUUCAAUCAGCUCAGAGGGAAGGCCAUAGCUCUCCACUCCCAGGUGAUCACAGAGUUCUGCAAGACUAUAGGGGCUGAUGGUAAGCAGAGACAAGGUUUGAUCCGCUUGGCCAAAAAGAACGGAGAAAAGCUUGGGUUUCUCGCCUGACAUGCCAUUCUUUCUUAGCUGAAGCAACUGUGCUGUAUGAAUUUUUCUGGUGGUUUCGUCUGAGAAAGAAUGUAUAUAUAUGUCUUGUUUGGCUGCUUAAUUUCAACAAACAACUGCUGUAUCUUCACAUAUCAUCAUAUUAGUAUUAGUCUUGUGCUUGAGAUUCA